CAAAAAACAGUUGAAGAAGAACAUUCGUAGCGUAAUGAAGCGAAAUUGACAGUUUUAUAAUGGUAGAGACAAUAAACGAUUUUAUUUCUCAGUUGCACAGUGAUAACCAACGGGAAACUACCGGAUAACGGGAAAAAGCAUUAAAUGUCUGACUGAGUGUUUUGUUUUGCAUCCAAUAAGAAAAGAAGUGUGAGUGAAUGUAUGUGCUGUGAUUGAAAAACAAAAAGAACACAGACAGCCAGCCAAAUAAAGCAUAAAUAACAGAAGCUCUCCACCGCUUCAUUUUAUCUCUUUUUUAGCAGCAAAACUGCAAGUUUCCUAACGUUAGCUUAAGGGACUCCCUACAUGAACGCUGUAGGGAUUUUUGUGGCACGCAUUGCAAAGUACAAGUCGUUGAGCUCGUGCGGUCGGUCUGUUCGUAGGAAAACGCGUCUGUCAGUUCGUGUGUGUUUGCCAAAACUCUGCCGCUACUUUUCGGUUUAAAACAAAUGUCGCGAGUGGGCCAUAAAUCAGUCUGCCAAUAACAAUGCCAAAGUGAAUUACAGGAAUUUGUGUUUAAAUUCUUGGUAUCUCUCGAAAAAGAAAGAAUACCCUUGAAAUACAAUACAAAAGUGAAUAAGCAAAGAAAAGCCAUAGAGCAAGUUUACCCCUAUAACUACAACAUUUCGAUUUAAAUAUUUAGGAUUAUUGCAAAAGAAAUUUAUUUAAACAUAAGCCUUCAUUUGGUCAAGAAUGAUUUGCAAUCGUUUUCUUCAAUACAACACUAAGCACUAAGGAAUAAAACAAACAAUAACAAACGAAAUGUUUGUUUUGAAAGGUGGUUGCCACAUGCAAUGUUGUGAAUGAAAAGGGAAUUCUAGCAAAAUAAAAGUGUGUGUGUGUGUAUGUGCAAUAGUUUGACUAAAGGAAAAACAAGUGUUUUGUAGCUAAAAAAAAAAAUAAAUAUUCCAAAGUGCAUAAAUACAAGCCAAAGAAAAUCUUAUUAAUAAUGUUAUUAAAGUACCUACCUAAACUCGUAAAUGUUCAUAUGUUCUAAGGCUCUCUCACUCACUCUCUCUCUAGCACGCCAGCUCUUUUACUCUCACUGGUGUAAAGUGUUUUAACUAAAAAAUGUAACAAUAACAAAACGAAAUACAUAAUGCAAAAGAUUUAGAAGGUUAUUAAGGAGAAGAAAAAUUUUCAAGAGCCAUUAAUAACAACAAAAACAAGGAGAAAAAUCCUAUAAGAAUUUAUUAUAAAGCAUUUAAUAGUGUUUACAAUUCCCUUCAGUUUUGUGGUUGCUCUUCAUUCAAUUUCGUGAGCUCAUACACACAACAUUCGAAAGGCAAGCCAGCAUAGGCCAUUUGUUUUGUGCUCACAUUGUUUGUGUACAUGUGCUGAUACGCUGUUCGCGGUAAACGUUGACGUUGACGUCAACGACGCCUUUAUUGUCUUCAUCAAUAAUAUGGCUAUGCUAGCGUCAUCAAGGAACUACAACUUCUAAGCCUCUGCUGCUGCUGUUGUUAAUGCUACAUACAACGUGCAAAGUUGAAUGCUUUUCUGGCCUAAAAUUACUGCUGCUUUUGCUGGAACCAUACCAAAGGAUUUUUUUUACCAAAGGCUUUAAUUCACCAACACCAACAACAACAUCGACCAUAGGAGUGAAGAUUAACUACAACUACAAUAACAAGGAGAACCACAAACUAUACAACGUCCAUUAAAGAUAACUACUUCGCAACUAGGUUAGAUUUUUUUUCUUCAUACAAAGACUCUCAAGGAAACGAAACAAUUUGUUAAAACCUAGUCUGUGCUAAAGGCAAUGAAAUAAGCACCAAAACAAAACAAAUAACAAAAAAAUAAUAAGUGAUCAAAAUAAUCAAACAGCAACAAUAAGAACCAACAACUCCUCAUCUCAACAUUGGCCGCAAGGUCUAUAUACUUUUUAACGGAUUGAAGUUGCUGCGACAGUAUAGGAGAACAAAUUAGAAGCACUUCUCUGGAGGAAGUGUUAAUUAAUAGCAGAAGUCCAAAAAAAGCCAUAAAAAAUGGAAAAAAUGAUGUUUUUUAAAAUUCGAAAUCUCCACAUUUGACGCUUGACGCUUGUUUCCGUUGGAGGCCAUCUAAAGCUGAAGGCAUACAAACACACAUUUCAUCUAAUCUAAGCAAAACUCUAGCAACGAUCUUUACACUCUGCAUUUUCACUGGAAACACUGUAAAGGACUUUAGUUUCGGCAGAACUGCAAAAGCACAAAUUCUUAUAGUCUUAUAUAAGGAGGGGAGCGUAAGUCCCCAGCAACAGCUUUAAGCAUAGAAAAAGAAAAGGCGAUAAACGCUUCUACUCAUCUAUGAAGACAAGGGUUCUAAGCUCUUUGUCCUCAUUACCAAAAUCAUCAUCAUCAUCAUCAUCAUCGUUACCAUCAUCAACAUCACCUGCAACAAUGUCAUCUUCACAUCUCACAAGGAGUAGUCUACUCUCACUCAUCAGUCUCACACUACUACUGAUACACUCACACACCUGCCAUGCGGAUGGUUUGCAACACAUGGGCGAUAAUGGCGGGGGAGCGGGAGUGGGCAUGGGAGGCAAUAUGGGUUUGGGCAUGCAUUCAAUGGAAGUAAGUCCUGCCCCUGGCUACGGUUUGCCGGCGAUACCCAAAGAUCCCAAUUCCCGUUGUGAGGAGAUCACAAUACCCAUGUGUCGAGGCAUUGGCUAUAACAUGACCUCGUUUCCCAACGAAAUGAAUCACGAGUCGCAAGAUGAAGCUGGCCUGGAGGUCCAUCAAUUUUGGCCUUUGGUUGAAAUUCGCUGCUCCCAAGAUUUGAAAUUCUUCCUGUGCUCCAUGUAUACACCCAUCUGUCUGGAGGACUAUCACAAACCCUUGCCCGUCUGUCGGUCCGUGUGCGAAAGAGCGCGAGCAGGUUGUGCUCCCAUAAUGCAGCAAUACAGUUUUGAGUGGCCAGAACGCAUGGCCUGCGAGCAUUUACCCUUCCAUGGAGACCCGGAGAAUCUGUGCAUGGAACAACCUUCUUAUACCGACUCCUCCUCUUCGGGAGGAUCUUCAUCCUCAGGUGGCUCCUCUUCAUCGGGCUCUAGUCGCGGUGAUGUCUCCGGCGGCAGCUCUUCAUCCGGCGGAGGCAAACGCAAGCAGUCUGGCUCGGGCUCCUCCUCGGGCACCCAAAAAUGCAAGGGAAAAAAUUCAAAAAACUGCCAAAGCUCCCUAGGAGAAAAAACAAACGCAAAGGAAUGCACAUGCUCAUGUCGCCCACCUCUAAUCCUCCUGGGGAAGGAAGCUCAAAUGAUGCCACCACAAAUGCAUUACCCCUGGUACAUGAACUCGACUGUGUCAAGAAUCGCAGGCGUUCAAAAUUGCGCCAUACCAUGCAAGGGACCGUUCUUCACAAACGACGAAAAGGAGUUCGCCGGCAUAUGGAUAACUCUGUGGUCGGGCCUUUGCUUCUGCAGCACUCUAAUGACACUCACCACGUUCAUCAUAGACACCGAAAGGUUUAAGUAUCCCGAGAGGCCCAUAGUCUUUCUCUCGGCCUGCUAUUUCAUGGUGGCAGUGGGCUAUCUUUCCAAGAACUUUUUGCAAAACGAGGAAAUCGCCUGCGACGGCCGUCUGCUGAAGGAGAGUUCGACGGGGCCGCAUUCCUGCACUUUGGUCUUCUUGAUGACCUAUUUCUUUGGCAUGGCUUCAUCGAUCUGGUGGGUUAUCUUGAGCUUUACCUGGUUCCUGGCAGCUGGUUUGAAAUGGGGCAAUGAGGCCAUUACGAAGCAUUCGCAAUAUUUUCACUUGGCUGCCUGGCUCAUACCAACAGUGCAAUCGGUGGCGGUGUUGCUGCUGUCGGCAGUUGAUGGUGAUCCCAUACUAGGCAUCUGCUAUGUGGGUAAUCUCAAUCCAGAUCAUUUGAAGACAUUUGUGCUGGCGCCUUUGUUUGUGUAUCUGGUGAUAGGCACCACCUUUUUGAUGGCCGGCUUUGUGUCGCUAUUCCGCAUACGAUCGGUGAUCAAGCAGCAAGGAGGCGUGGGUGCCGGAGUCAAGGCAGACAAAUUGGAAAAGCUAAUGAUACGCAUUGGCAUAUUCUCUGUGCUGUAUACAGUGCCAGCAACCAUAGUCAUUGGCUGUUAUUUGUAUGAGGCGGCUUACUUUGAGGAUUGGAUAAAGGCCUUGGCAUGCCCUUGUGCCCAAAUUAAGGGGCCCGGCAAGAAACCUUUGUACUCGGUGCUUAUGUUGAAAUAUUUUAUGGCUUUAGCGGUGGGCAUAACAUCCGGCGUAUGGAUAUGGUCGGGCAAGACACUGGAGAGUUGGCGACGUUUCUGGAGACGUCUGUUUGGUCAGCCGGAUCGCACGGGUGCCAAUCAGGCUCUCAUCAAACAAAGGCCACCCAUACCACAUCCAUAUGCCGGCUCUGGCAUGGGUAUGCCGGUAGGAUCUGCAGCGGGAUCACUGCUGGCAACCCCAUACACACAGGCAGGCGGUGCCUCAGUGGCCUCCACCAGCCACCACCAUUUGCACCAUCACGUUUUGAAACAGCCUGCCGCCAGUCAUGUAUGA